AUGUUCAAAAUUUUAAAGGGGAAAGGGAGCCCAUAUUUUAAUUUAUUAAAAAUUUGUAAUGGUGACAUGAAGGCCCUUUUUUCUUCCUCGUUUAGGGAGGAGAACAAAAAAGUCAAUUUGAACAAUAAUGUAAUUAUUGAGGAUAAAAAGAAAGAAGAAAAAGUAAGAGAACAAAUAUUGCACUUAAGCAAUGAUGCAAUAAAUAAAAUGAAAGAAGUAAAUUCUAAAUAUAAAAAUUCCAAAGCAUUAAAAGUGUGCGUAGAAGCUGGAGGUUGUUCAGGAUUUCAGUACUCCUUUUCAUUAAUUGAUAAAAAUGAAAUAAAAGAAAGAGAUGUAAUUGUAUAUAAUAAGGAAUGUGUUGUAAUUAUAGAUAAACAUGCUGUUGAUAUUUUAAGAAAUAGCAAAAUACAUUACACCAAUAAUCUUAUUUCAAAAAAAUUUACCAUUGAAAAUAUACAAAAUAUUUCGUCCAAAUGUUCCUGUGGAAAUUCUUUUGAUAUUGAUUUUUACUAA